AUGUCGCAACGGAAUUCGUGGAAGGACUACUCGAAAAAGGGCCUCGGCUUUGGGAAGAAGGGCUUCGACAAGGCAUGGCAGGCUCUGGAUAAGCUAGGUGCGCCUGUGAAUCGGCUUUCGAACCGGGUUGGCGCAGAGGCAUUCUGGCCUACAACGCUAGACAAAGAGAGCGACAAGGCAGCCCGUAUUCUGAGAAGUUUCUGCAAGGAUGGCUUUUAUGAUCAGAUUGAUGCAGACGCCGCGGCCAAAGCUGCGCAGGAGAAAGAACUUGCAGAUCCAAAACAGAAAAUCGAUCGACCAGUAGGCAAACCACGAGUACUAGUCAAAAUUCCAACAGAAGUGAUCAAGAAAGCAAAGGGUAUCGCCAUCUUUACAACUAUGCGUACCGGUCUUUGGUUCAGCGGUGCUGGCGGCAGCGGAGUCUUAUUGGCUCGCAUCCCAGAAACGGGUGAAUGGAGUCCGCCCUCCGGUAUCCUACUACACACUGCGGCUAUUGGAUUCCUGGUUGGCGUUGAUAUCUACGACUGCGUCGUCAUUAUAAAUACAUAUGAGGCUCUCGAAGGAUUCAAGAAGCUACGGGCGACGCUCGGUGGAGAGCUUAGUGCAACAGCCGGUCCCAUUGGAGCUGGUGGCAUCCUCGAUAGUGAAGUCCACAAACGACAAGCACCAAUUUGGACCUACAUGAAGAGUCGUGGUCUCUACGCAGGUGUUCAGGUCGACGGCACAAUUAUCAUUGAAAGAACGGAUGAGAAUGCUCGCUUCUACGGACGGAAAAUAUCCGCUCAUGAGAUUCUGUCCGGCAAAGUUACACAUCCACCUGAAUCCAUUCGAACUCUUAUGCGGACACUCAAAGCUGCGCAAGGUGACCAGGACGUGAGUGAUAGCGAAUUACCACCCGCUGGAGAGGCCCCUGGUGACCAGAUCAUUGUCAACGAGAACGACGGUUUUGGUGUUCCGGCACCCGAUGAUCCUGACCCAUAUGGAGUACAUGCUUUGGAAGAGCAAGGCUUGUUCAUUCGUGAAGCGGGAACGCACAACCGUCCAAGUCAAGAGGUCUUUGAAUUCCGCCCUAGUCCUUCAAGUCCAAUUUAUAACUCAUUUGUUAGACAAAGCAUUGAUUUGUCACCGCGACAGAGUUGGCGGGCCAGUUUGCAAAGCACAAAGAGCUAUGUUAGUGUGGACAGGGGGACCCAAACAGGAGAUAUUCAACCCACACAGCCACCUCGUUCAGCUAGCAUUGCGUCGUCUCGCAGUCUUCGAGACACGGCAGAGUCGCCUAUUGAGAACCCGUGGGACACACCUGAUACCUCGGAAGAUCACGAUGCCUGA